AUGACGGAGCAUUUAGCUAACAAGCUAAGAGAGACAAACAGCAUGGUGGGGAUCAGGGAGGGAUGUUUGGUUACGGCUACACACACUCUGGCUGAGGCUCUCAACACGGCAUCGGAGGGGAGUGUCGCUUCGCUCAUUAGCAUGGCUGCCUGGAUGGAGGUAGAAGAAGGCCUGCUGCAGGGGGGCCGACUUUGCCGAGAGGGGCCCGCACAGGAAGCCCAUUCCUCCGACAUGAAAGCCAAGCUGCUGUCUUGCCUCAAGCGCUGCUAUCUGUCAGCACCUCCAACUGUCCGCAUCAUUCACUCCGGGCACGCCUGCAACGUUGAAGAGGAGAGGCACACAGAGAGGGUGUACACCAUCAGAGAAGGAGAGACCCUGGAGCUCACCUGCCUAGUGACAGGCCAUCCUCGGCCACAGAUCCGAUGGACAAAGACAGCUGGCAGCGUGUCAGAUCGCUUCCAGGACUCCAGUGUGUUCAAUGACACUUUGCACAUUGCGAAGAUCCAGAGGACACAGGGGGGUCGCUACUACUGCAAGGCUGAGAACGGCCUCGGUUCCCCAGCUAUUAAAUCCAUCCGAGUGGACGUCUAUUACCUCGAUAACCCGGUGAUUACGGUUCACCAGAGUAUAGGAGAAGCGAAGGAGCAGUUCUACUACGAGAGGACUGUGUUCCUGCGCUGUGUGGCCAACUCCAACCCGCCCGUCCGCUACAGCUGGCAUCGUGGGAGGGAGGUUUUGACACAGGGAUCCGACAAGGGUGUGGAGAUUUAUGAGCCGUUUUUCACACAGGGGGAAACAAAGAUCCUGAAGUUGAAGAACCUGCGUCCUCAAGAUUACGCCAACUACAGCUGCAUCGCCUCUGUCCGAAAUGUGUGUGGGAUUCCUGACCGCAGCGUUAUCUUCGGACUCACCAAUAAGACAGCUUCUCCAUCUAUCAAACUUCUGGUGGAGGAUCCAAUCGUGGUUAAUCCUGGCCAGACCGUGUCGCUGGUCUGCAUCACCACAGGAGGGGAGCCGCCCCCCAUCCUCACCUGGGUCAGCAGCAACGACAGCCUGCCGCAGAGAAGCGUAGUGAAGGGGGGCACGCUCACGCUGCCCGCCAUCACCUCGGACGAAGCCGGGGUUUACAGCUGCGUGGCCAGCAACAACGUGGGAAACCCGGCCAAGAAGUCCACCACCAUUGUGGUGCGAGCUCUGAAGAAAGGACGGUUCUGGAUCACCCCUGACCCUUACCACAACGAUGACAACAUCCAGAUUGGGCGUGAAGUCAAGAUAUCCUGUCAGGUGGAAGCGACACCGCCAGAGGAGCUGACAUUUAGCUGGCUAAAGAACGGCCGUGCCCUUCGGAGUUCAGAGCGCAUGGUCAUCACUCAGACGGACCCCGACAUCUCGCCCGGGACCACCAACCUGGACAUCAUAGACCUGAAGUUUACCGACUUUGGCACCUACACCUGUGUGGCUGCGCUGAAGGGCGGAGGCAUUCCUGAGAUCAGCAUCGACGUCAACAUUUCCUCCACAACUGUUCCUCCCAGCCUGACAGUCCCCCGGGGCAAGUCCCCCCUGGUGGCCCGUGAGGGUGACACAGUGGAGCUGGAGUGCCUUGUUUCAGGGAAGCCCAAGCCCAUCAUCCUGUGGUCCCGAGCAGACAAGGAGGCGCCCAUGCCCGACGGCAGCAUGCAGAUGGAGAGCUAUGACGGCGUCCUGCGGAUCGUGAACGUCUCCCGGGAGAUGACGGGGUCGUACCGCUGCCAGACCAGUCAGUACAACGGCUUCAACGUGAAGCCCCGGGAGGCCGUGGUGGAGCUGAUCGUCCAGUAUCCUCCCACAGUGGAGCCUGUGCACAUGGAGGUCCGUCAGGGCCUGGGGCGGCCGGUGGUGUUGACCUGCAGGGUGCUGCGAGCCCACCCCUCUCGGGUGUUGCGGUUCGAGUGGCUUCUCUCAAACCGCCUGCUCCACGCCGGCGCCUUUGACCAACACAAAGACGAGACCGAGUACACGAUCCGCAGCCUGAACCGCGAAGGCUGGGGGGAGUACACGUGCAACGUCAUCAACGAGGCCGGAGCAGGCAAAUGCACGUUCCAGGUGACAGGUAAAGCUUACCCUCCGGAGUUUUACUACGACACCUACAGUCCUCUGUGGCAAUACAGGCCGCGAGUCUACGGCUUCAAGCUGCAGUGGACCCAGAUGAACCCCGGGGCUGUGGACCGCAUCGUCGCCUACAGGCUCGGCAUCAGACAGGUGGGCUUGCAGCGCUGGUGGGAGCAGGAGAUCCCUGUAGGCGAUACCAUCGGCAAAGGGGAGCUAAUGACACACAACCUCACCGAGCUGAUAAAACCCGAGUCGUACGAGGUGCGUCUCACUCCCAUCACUCGUUUUGGAGAGGGUGACUCCACCGUCCGGAUCAUCACCUACAGCGCUCCCAUCAACCCUCACCUGAGGGAGUUCCACUGCAGCUUUGAGGAAGAGCCGAUCUGCAUGUUUACCCAGGACAAGAACGAUGAUUUUGAUUGGACGAGGCACAGCGCCGCCACCCGGGACACAAAGUACACACCCAACACCGGCCCCAGCGCGGACCACACUGGAUCCAAGCAGGGUUUCUACAUGUAUAUUGAGACGUCCAGGCCACGUAAAGAGGGAGAUCAGGCACGGCUCGUAAGCCCCUUUUUCAACAUCGCACCCAAAAACCCUUACGGCAUCACCAACCCGCCCGCCUACUGCUUUGGCUUCUUCUACCACAUGUACGGGAAACACAUAGGAAAACUUAAUGCCUUUCUAAAGCAAAAGGGCCAAAUGACCUUAGAGGCUCCUGUGUGGUCACUAAGUGGUAACCAAGGUGACCGGUGGAAGCAGGCCAAAGUAAGCAUCCAUCCCACAUCGUCCUUCCAGGUUGUUCUCGAAGGCAUCCGGGGCCCAGGAAUCGAGGGGGACAUCGCCAUCGACGACAUCACGCUCGAAGAAGGGGAGUGUCGAGAUCCACCGCCCAAUAUCAGUGCCAAUGCUCUGUCCACAUCCUCCCAUAUAUGGUUGCUUUGCACCACCUUGGUGCUGACCCUCCUGGAAGGUCAAAGGUGACCCCUUUUCUUCGUCAUCUCGGAGGAGAGAGUUCAGACCCACCGUCUGUGAGCUAUACCCUCAGCAUCCAAUCACCAAAGAUUCAUGCAUACUGAAAGCAUCAGGGUCCCUGGAAGGACCAUGGACCACGGGGGGGAGGGCGGGGUGGAGUUUGUGAAAGCAAGACGAGGCAAAAAGUAAUAAAGAACACACGCUACGUUUCCAUUUGAAGAGACCUCUUUUAUGUAAAACACUCCUCGAUGCAGGACUUGGGAUGAUUUUUAUGAGCACAAGAAAGAGGAGUUUACAUGGGUUGAGGGAAAUCAGUUUGCGAAGCACAAGCAUCCUUUUUGCGGAGAAUUGGAAAAAGUCUUUGGAUGGCAGCGGAACAGACAUAAUGCUGACUUUUUGAAUUUUGAAUACCUUUUCCCUCCUUUCAAGUAGGUGGAAUCAGACCAUUCCUUGUGUAUCUUUAUCUUCAUUUUCUUGCGGUAGAUGCCGAUUGCAACCGUUUUUGUUGUCUCUCUAGCCCAGCCUCACACCACACUUUGGCAUUUCUUCAUCUGCUUGGUGCUCUUCUGUAGAAAACCCUGGAAUCUGACAACAUUUAGUUAUGUCUGCUUAUUCCCCUGUAGCUGCCUACAUAUCUGAUAACACUGUGCUCACGAGUCCAAGUGGCCAAUGGACAGUGUGGUGGCAGGGAAAAAGAAAA